AGGCUAGUUUCCCCACUAUGACCGACGUCUCGCCCACCGUGCUCGCCGCCUCGUACGCCGGCCUCGUCGCCGUCAACGUCGUCUACGGCCGCGGCCUCUUCGGCGUGCGCACAAACGCCGACGUCUCAGCCGCCUAUCCGACCGACGUGACUCCGAGCGGUGCGACCUUCGCCAUCUGGGGGCCCAUCUUCCUGCUCGAGGGCGCGGGCACGGCGGUGCUCGCGAGUGGCGGCGACGCCUCCCGCAUGGCGCUCGUGGCCGGACCCUGGGUCACGACGUGGCUCGGCGAGUGCCUCUGGCAGGCGGUGUUUGGUGUGCUGCCGGUGCCGCAGGGCGGCGCAACUGCCGGGCGCAAGCUCGCUUCGCUCGCGCCCGCCGCCCUCUUCGUCGGAGCGGCGCACGUCAAGAUGCUCGGCGGCGCGCUGGCCCUCGUCGGCGGUGCGCCGGCGUACGGCCUCGUCGGCGCCGCCGUCGUUGAUUUUCCAACGGGUCUGAACGCGGGAUGGCUGGCUGCAGCAAGCGGGAUCGCCUUCACGCUCGUUGCGCAGCAGGUGCCGCCGCUGCAGCCGCUGGCGACGCCCGAGGCGGGCGCCGUCCUCGUUGGCGCCCUCACGGCCUAUGGCGCUGCGGUCACGCUCUCGCUCGCGGGCUGUCCGGCCGCCGCCCUCGGCUACGCCGCUGCCACAGCGUGGGCAUGCCGCGGCAUCGCGUCCGAGAGUGCCAAGACGCCACCCAUCGUCAAGACGACCGCAGCGCGCUGCGCCCUGGUGGCGGUGGCGGCCGGCGCGUUUGCGCUGGCAGUGGGUGCGCUCAAGCGUUGAGCGAGUGGUUGGGGGCCCGAUGGGGUUCUGACUUCUGUGAGAUGAUGAUCAUCCAUUCGCAUCCAUGAUCUUUGAUAUUGUUUAU